AAACCGUGGUCGCUACUAGAGGGAGAGAGAGGGAGAGAGAGAAAUGGGGCUAUUGACUCGCCUUCGAUUGAGAAGGCGAUGGAGUCAAAGCCCUAGCCAUUCUCAGCUCAGCGAGAGGGACUCGGAGCCGGAGACUCAUGGUUCUGCUAGAGAGAGAAAGCUUGAAACUGAGACAUCGUCUAGUGAGAGAAAGAGAGAGAAUGAUGUUGAAAAAGAAGAAGAAGAACCUAGUGAGAGAAAUGCAGUUCCAGAAAACUCUACGACAACUGCUAUAUCAAGCCUUUCGUCGGUUAGAGAGAGAAUGCUGCGAUCGACUGACAGUCCUCCGGCAGAUGAGAUAUCGUCUAGUGAGACAAAGAGAGAGACUGAUGUAGAAAAAGAACCUAGUGAGAGAAACAUUGUUGCUGAAAACCCUACGAUAAUUGCGACGACAAGCCUUUCAGCGGUUGGAGAGAUAAAGUUUCGAUCGACUGACAGUCCUCCGGCCGAUGAUUGUUGUCCAAUCUGCUUCGGCAGCUUCGUCAUUCCGUGCCGAGCCCCUUGCGGUCACUGGUACUGUGGUGGUUGCAUUUUGCAGUACUGGGACCAUGGUGCAGCACUUCAGCCUUGCAAUUGCCCCAUGUGCUCUCAAAAGAUUACUAGUUUGACACCUGAAGCAUCAUUAUUCCAUCAGCAGGAAAUGGAAGUUACUAGGGUUCUGGGAAAUGUUCGGAAAUAUAAUCGCCUUGUUGUUGGAGGCACAUAUGGCCUCAUUCUGAAAGUGCUUGAGUUGCCAUUUUUCAUCAAGAGAGUGUUCCAGGGAAUGCUGGAUCCCGAUAGACAUGAUGAUCACCUCUUCAAAUUGCGCUUUUUUGCAACGUUUUUGGGCAUCCUUUACAUGAUGAGCCCCUUUGACUUCCUUCCAACAGGGCGACAGAGUGUCAUAGAACUUUUUGAUGACACUGCUUUGAUUAUCUAUUUCAUCUUAUAUGUGGCUGGUAUCUAUCUCCGUCGACGACGUUUACAACGUGUGAGGGAGUUGGCGGCCAUCCAACUUUGACAAUGCUCGAACUGCUACCCUCCGCGACUCUUGGUACAUGUGGAUGAAUCUCUGAACGUCGUGAUUGUAUAGAUGGAUUAUGUUACUUUGCGGCUUCUCUGUAUCUUCUCUGUAGAUAUCUACUUCAACCUGAGAAUCUGGAUGACAAGUUUGGUGUCAUUUGGUCAAAUUUGAAACAGUUCCAUACAUCUUGGAUGAUGCUAGAGUGUAUACAGUUGAAUGUGUAUAGGAGUUAUUUUUUUCUUUUUAAAUAAAAAAAAUUCCAAUUUCGUCGCUUAGGGAAAUAUGUACUUUUGUACAUGGACUAAGGUGUCCCGUGCAAAACACAUUUUUUUUUAAUAUAUGAGAGGAGUUAUUGUGGCUAAAAAGUUCAAAUUUAAGUUGUAAUAUAAACUGUUAGAGAUUUACGAUUUGGGUUGUUACGUUUUGCGCAAGUAGGACUAUGAG